GCUGCGCUGCGCUGCGCUGGUUCUCUCAUGAAAUACUGCAGUGAAGAUCGUGAAGAGCGCUGCUUGUUGGAUACAUGAUGGCGCAAAACUCAAGAUUGUUUGAGGCGAACAGUAAAUAUGCUGAUCCAAAGGUCGAUCAGGACAGUAUAGCAUCAUCUUUAGAUGGUUCCCAGACUUCAUCAUCAUCAUCCUCACUGAAGAGACACAGGGACGGCGACGAGGGGUAUGAAGAUGUCUCUCCCAGGAAGAAGCUGGUCACAGAGGAAUCAUUACACAGUCAAAAAGUGGCUACACAUUACAACAAACUUCAGGAGUGUGGCCUGGCAGAGCGUAAUAAAAGCAGGAUAGUCCACAUGCGCAACUUCAACAACUGGAUGAAGAGCGUGCUUAUUUCGGAGAUUUUGGAUAAGGUGAAGCAAAAACGGAGAGAGGUAACCGUGUUGGAUCUGGGCUGUGGCAAAGGUGGGGACCUUCUCAAAUGGAAAAAAGGACAUAUUGAUAAACUGGUCUGUGCAGAUAUCGCUGCUGUGUCCAUUGAGCAGUGUCAGCAGCGCUAUAAUGACCUCAGACGGAGGGGUCACCCAAACGACCGCACAUACUCUGCCGAGUUCAUCACCGCAGACUGCAGCAGGGAGCUGCUGUCUAAGAAGUUGCGAGACCCUGAGCUGCAGUUUGAUGUGUGCAGCUGUCAGUUUGUGUAUCAUUAUUCCUUUGAGAGUGAGCAGCAGGCUGACACCAUGCUGAGAAACGCCUGUGAGAGACUCCGGUCGGGAGGAUUCUUUAUCGGAACAACUCCGGAUGCAUACGAGCUGGUGAAGCGCUUGGAGGCGUCAGACUCCAACAGCUUUGGAAAUGAAGUGUUCAGUGUGACCUUCCAGAAGAAAGGAGACUACCCUCUGUUCGGCUGUCAGUAUGAUUUCAGCCUGGAGGGUGUUGUUAAUGUCCCAGAGUUUCUGGUGUAUUUCCCCCUGUUUGAGGAAAUGGCAAAAAAGUACAACAUGCGUCUGGUUUACAAGAAAACCUUCAAAGAAUUCUUUGAGGAGAAAGUUAAAGAUGAUAAGAAUAAGGUUCUGAUGCAGUGGAUGCAGGCGCUGGAGCAAUACCCUCCGGAUGAGAGGGGCCGACUGGCGUCCGAUAGCCCGGAGGAGUAUGACCAUGCCAAGAGAAUAGCUGAAAAUCCUGCUGUUAGACCUCCAUUGGGAACCUUGAGCAAGUCUGAGUGGGAGGCUACAAGCAUAUACCUGGUGUAUGUGUUUGAGAAAAUGUCAUGAGUCUGAAGUAUUUUCCUUCGAGCUGAUGUAUCUGGAUGAGUGAGCCACAGUUGUGGAAUCUCAUUGUCAUUCAUUCGGUUUCCAAAAGCCUGCUGAGCGUGUCCAUUUUGCAAACCGUCAAAUAUUUUUAUACAACCAGAGCUUUUCUUUCGAACAGUGUUUGUGUGUUCAUGUGUAUUUGGAAGUGUACACAAUGCACAUGAUCAAUAUUCUGUCUGAUAGUGUAUUUCUGUUUGUCUGUAACCUUUAUUCACCCGUUACCCUUUCUCUUCAAGUCAAGCAAUUUAAUAACCCUGUAGAGCUUACAGUUAUACAGCCCCUUUGGGUUUUACUUUGUGAUCCAACCUUCCCUUCAAGCUUGACUGAACUCUAUUGGAUUGUAUUUUUUUUUUUUUUUUUUUUU